AUGAAGCUGACAACCCUCCUCCUCCUAUCCACAUCGGCCCUCGCCCAGGCCGCCGGAAUACCCCCUUAUGAGAUCCACGCAAUAUAUCCAGCCAAUAGCUCCAACUCGUCCCAGGUCUUCAAAUCACCCAAAGCCUUCAGAUUACCCCAAGCCAUCAAAUCACCCCAAGUCAUCAACUCAUCCCAAGCCAUCAACUCAUCCCAGGCCACCAACUCGUCCACGGCAAGCCUCCUCACUAGAGGAGAGUUCGCGCUCACGGAGAAGACGCCCAUCCCCUCGGGCCGCAUCUUCUGCCACAAGCCGGACUGGGUGCCCCCGACGUCCGACUACCACGCCGCCAUCAGCCUCCUCUUUGACGCCCCCCAGUUCUUCAUCCCCAAGAACACCGUCCGCUACGCCCUCUACGGCGACUCCGUCGUCUACAUAUGCAACCCCACCGGCGUCAACACCGGCAGCCUCCUCGAGUUCAUGCAAGCCAUGGACGACAUCGACGCCAAGUGCGGGCCCGGCAAGCCGGGGAAGCGCGUCAUCAAGGACUGGGGCAAGUACUACGGCCGCGGCGUCCGCGGCAGUGAGAUUUGCUCGCUCGAGGGCAACCACGUCGACCCCACGGGGCACAGGACCGGCCUGCCCAACGACCUCGGGGAGAAGGUCAAGGCCGGCUGCAAGUCCCACGUCAACGGCUUCCUGUCCAUCUUCGACGGCUGGAAGGACAAGCCCGAGUGCUACGACUCGACCGCCCGCAUGGGCAAGCUGAAGAAGCUCCGGGCCCUGUUCCCGUGGUACAAGCGGGGGGCUGACUUUGAUGGGGACUACGAGGUGCCUUAUAUAGAACCAGAGGAGGAGGAUCAGGACGGUGGCCAGGAAACCCAGAGCCAGGGCCAGAACAAAGAGGGAAAGAAGGACGUGGACAGUCAGGGGAAAGGCCAGGAAAAUGAAAACGGGGAAAAAGGUCAAGAUUCGGACGCUGAUGAAAAGGGGCGCAAUUGA